UCCUUCAAACACAACUAAAUACUUUUUUUAUAAAUACUUUCUUUUCAAAUAAAUAUCUAACAAAUACCUUUUUUCACACGCAAAUAAAUACCUUUUUUUUACACUAAUUUCUUUUCACGCGCAAGUAAAUACUAAGACGGAAAAAAAAGAUAUAUCAACAUCAAGAACUGUAUUUACUGCCUUUGGACAAACAUAUGUACGUAUUGUGGUUCUUGCCAAAUUUGGUACCUACUAGCUCGUAUAGGAAGUAAUGAAUACUCAAAAUACUGCUGAACUUACCGCUCUGGAAAACUCUUCUCUUGAAGCCUCUAUUCACGCUCCAGCUUCUGGUUCCGUUUCUUCUCAUUCUCCUGCGGAUCUCUCUUCUACUAUUAGAGCUCCUUCGAUCGUGGACAAGCUAACACUAAACGAGGCUAGGGGUUUAUGUGCUCGUAGUGAUCCCCAAGCUGAUCCAUAUGGAAGGGAAGGCCAGGUUCCCGUUGGAAAUGACACAUAUCUCCUAUGCCAUGUCACUUACUUAGUAAUUGUUAUUGAAUACUAUAUGAGUUCAUUUACCAUAGAUCCUAUGAUGGCCACAUGGGUGUCCUGGGGUGUCUUAACGUUGGCACCAGGUGAAAUUCUUACUUCUUAUGCAAUUAUGGCUAUUAAUCAGAGUAAUUCUGAAGGGCAGUUGAAGAUGUGAACUGGGAUAUAGAUUUUUUUACUCCCAUAGACAAAUAGAACUUUUCAAUUAUAGAGUUUUUCUUCUCUUUUUUUUUUUCUUUUUAUUCUUGUUUUUUUCUUUUUUCCUUUUAAUUAUAGAUGUAACUAUUUUUUCUUUUUCGUUUCUCAUUCUGUUUGAGGUUACAUUUAAUAUCGACUUAGUAAUAUU